GAGCUCAAAAAAGACCUAUUGAAGUUACUUAUGAAGAGACAUCCACGAUGCUAGAUAAAUCGCCUAGUAAAAAAGCAAAAUCUACCAAACCGGUCGAUAGAGAAAAAUCGGCGAACCUGAAAAAACUUAUUGAUGAAUUGCUAUCUAACUAUAUUCAUCCGCAGAUUGACGAAGUUGUUGAAGAGAGUGGAGGCUUAUAUAAGCGAUAUAAAGAGUACAAAAAAGAUAAUAGUAAAGAAGCAUCCAAUGCUUUAGUUUUUGAUGACGUUAGAAAGCAAAUUCCAAAA